AAGCAAUUGAGAUUGGUAGAAGUGAAGAAAUUAUAAAGCGAAAGUAAUGUGAGUUAUAAUUGUUUGAGGUGAAAGUGUGUGAAGAUGGAAGGAUCAUCGGGUGUGAGGAAAGGAGCAUGGAGUAGAUUUGAAGAUGAACUUCUGAAAGCAUGCGUUCGUCUCUACGGAGAAGGAAAAUGGCACCUUGUUCCUCAAAGAGCAGGGUUGAAAAGAUGUCGGAAGAGUUGUAGAUUGAGAUGGCUCAAUUAUCUGAAACCAAAUAUCAAGAGAGGGAAUUUCAGUGAAGAUGAGGUUGAUUUGAUCGUCAGAUUGCAUAAACUUUUGGGGAAUAGGUGGUCCCUGAUUGCAGGAAGACUUCCAGGACGAACUUCGAACGAUGUGAAGAAUUACUGGAACACCUACACACGACGUAAAUCACACUCUCACAACAAAGAUAACAACGUAAAACAGCAUGAUGAGACGACCGUAGGUAAAACAUCUACGUACGACGUAAAUUACAAACCCCACCAAGUUAUAAAGCCUGUUCCUCGACCUUUGUCAAAAACUUGCCCCAAGUUAUUGCAAGCCAAAAUUAUCCAUAGCUCCAAAGUUGGUGUUAGUGAAGAAGGUGCAACUUCUUCGUCAAGCUCUGGGAAUUGGUGGGAAACAUUUUUAGACGAGAAUGAAGACAAUUUUGGAGCAUUUGAGUUUUGGGGCGAAGAGUUUGGUUCAAUUGCUUGUGACUUUCUUAAUUAA